ACGCAUAAUUUUGCCCCAAAUAUAACAUAUUUUGACGUUAUUUUUGAACAAUUGUUUGAACAAUCAAUGCUAUUGAAUGCUAGUCGACGUGUGUUUGCAUUAUUUGUCGCAAAACAGCGGUCGCAACUGAUCUACCGGUGCACAGAAAUGGGUCAACUGUUGAGUACAGCCAGCGAUGACCGACACAGAAAGGUCGUUGAAUAUGACAUAUUUGACAACUCGUUUGUUUUGAUCGAAAGGUACAACAAAAACAAUACUAAUGGUGUGGCCGAACGAUUCCGACGGGAAUACCAGUUGGCCGCCAAUCGGGACAAAGGAUAUCUUAAUUGGCACAAAGUAUUGACCAGUCAUUUACACUCCAAUGGUAUGGGUUAUGUCGAUGCCAUCCGAAAGACAGGACAUCUACUCAAACAGGCAAAGAAGUCAAGCAAUGGAAAAGAUAAGAAGUCUUUCAAUGAGAUUCAUAAUUCUGUUAAACGACUCAUUGAAUUGAGGAAUCGGGAGUUGGAUCCGAAAUUAUCGAUAUUAGGAUGGGUUAUAUGGGGUGGCGAUCAAUACAAUAGCCACAAGUAUGUGAUCGAUGCCUGGAAACAGUUUGGCCAGUGAUUGGACAGUCGUCGGUGUUGUCAAUGAUUUUAUUGAUAUUUUUUAUUAACUCUUUUUUAAUGUUUAUAUAUAUUUUUAAAAUACCAACUGAUAGUCGCCAAUAACAACCUAUCAAUUAUUAUAUUAAUAUAUAUAUAC